UAAUAUACGCAACAGUGAGGGGCGGAGAAGAGAGGAGAGAAAGGAGAAAGGCAGCGGAAGGGAGCGUCCAACAACAGCGACACUGAUGCGGCAGAGUAGUUGUUGACGUUGGCGUGGGAGACGAGGAAUCACCUUCGUUUCUUCCUUCCGGAAGUGUAGGCGACGAACGCCAAGGAAGGAAUCCGAACCCAUCCGUGUGAACAGGUUGAAGAAUAAGGAAGGGGAAAAAGAUAGGAAGGAAGGAGAGGGAGGCGGCUGAUCUGCAACCCUUAGGUCCAGGUAUUGAAACCCUAGCUCAUGAUUUGUGUAUGCUUUCUUUAGAUCGUCUUGCAACUCCAAUCUGGGGAAGCGCCUGGUGGGGGAUAAUGACUGAAAGGAUCUGUGGGGGUACUCUUGGUUGAAUCGUCUUUUUUUGGACGCCGGAGCAGAAGUUUUGGCUGGUUUUCGGAGGUUAUGCUCAUGGAUGCCAUGUUCUUGGUACUUGAAGACAGUUUACCGUGGCCUGGAUUGUGGAUCUGUGCGGGUUUAGACCGAAUCCUGUCAUGGACACUGCAAAGACUAACCAUACUUUGAGGUUUUGGCUUCGGAUGGUCGAUCUCGGAAGAAACCUGAUGGAUGUGCUCCCUGCAACCUGCCUCUUGCUGGAUCUGCUGCCUGCGUUAUAGUCCUCUUCUUUAGGACUGGCCAUCCCAGGCAUGUGAGCAGCGAAACGUGCUGAAGCUUCUUCUCAGAGUUUUGCAGGGAUUUUAGGUGAUAUUAGGUCGCAGAGGCUCUUGAAUCUUGCCCCACCUGUUGUUUGCUCCGAUCUACCUGCCGUCUUCUUCUUGUGGGACUUUUAGGUCUUGGGCUUGGCGUUGGAUCUACUACCUGCACCGUCAUAAUCCUACAGCUAUUAUUAUGAUUUUUUUUGUCCAGAUAAGCAGACUGGCAACAAUGCUUCUCGUUGGAGUGCCUGUUCACUGGGAUGUUAGAUGAUGUAGGUUUCACAGGGUUGAAACUUCUCUCAGUAUCCUGAUUCUUGUACCUCCUGCUGGUUACUAUGAUAUACUCCUAUCUACCUCUUGUUUGAUCACUCCUGGGUCUUGGAUUGCUGUUGCAUCGUCAUCCCCUUCUUUCUGUGCCGUCGUAGUAAAAAGCGGAGUGACAGGUGUUGUAUUUUGUUUUCUUUGACUGGCUGAGAAGGGUGGUGCCUUUGGGUCUGCUGUGACAUCAUCAGCCUCUUCGUUUGGGCGGUCUUGGUCCUAAGAGGAGGGACAUGUUCUGUUUUUUUUAUUGGACCAGCUGAGGAAGGUGGCACUUGUGAUUCUUCUUGGGAUGCCUGGUUACUUGUAUUUUAGAUGAUAUUAGGUUUCACAGGGUUGAAGAAAAUUUUCGGAGGGUUUUGGUCCUUGUUGUUUUUGCUGUUUCCUGUGUUUUUACCUGUGAUUUACCACUUGAUGAUCACUCUAAGAUCUUGGUUUAGUCCUGGUUCUGCUGGCUGUAUCAUCUUUAUCAUAUUUAUGGACUUCUGAGUGCUAAGGGCAGUUUAUAUUACUUGGUCAGCAAGAUUGGUAUUGUUAUUUGUUCUUCAAGUUCCUGUUUUGUGAGAUUGUACACAGGAUUAAAAAAUUUCUUCCAGACUCUUAAUGCUUGUUGCUCCUGCCAGUGGAUUGUUUCUCCAAGAUUUUCAUCCUGUUGGAUCAGACCAUGCUUUCUUAUGGUUCUGUUCAUAUUGCUCUAAAGGAUCUCUGCUGCACAUUGGUUGUUUACGGUUGCUGUGGACCUGCAGUCGGUGAUGAUUUCUUUGGGCUAGAAAGAUGAUGACGGAUCUGAGUCAAUGAUUAAUUUGUCAACUUUUUCUGGAGUUUGUGCCUCUAAAUCUGAAAACCAUCGUCCUGCAGUUGUCAUUAUAAAUGUGCAGUUAAUAGUUGUGGAACUUCAUCAGGAAACAUGCGGAGGAACAUAGGGCUUGAACUUUUAGGAGCUAUAGAUUCUCGCUUGAAGUGGAAGAUAACCACCAAGGACAGGAAGAGGGCUGUAAGACGAGCUAGAACUUCAUAUUCUAGUGGGUUCAGAAAGAACUCUGCAGUCAAAGGUUCCAAAAGGAAUGAGGAUACCAAGGAUCAGUAUCUGAAGAGAGCAAGAGAUUUCUCUGUCUCCGAGUCUGAGAAGGUUGGUGUCAGCGUUCUUGGAGGACGCUUCAGUGACUCCCUUGAGAUUGUUCCCAUAAAGAAGAGGAGAUUUCUGUUAGUUAGUUCUCCAUCAUCUCCUCUGCAGUCUUCUUAUUCAGAUGAUUCUGAUCACUUGAUAGAGGGCCAGCCUCCUCCAUAUCAGAAGACAUCAGCAUAUGACAAAAAUCAUGACAAAAGAGCUGUUGCUGACUGGACCAGUAAUUUGCAUGACAUAAAUGAAGAGGCCAGUGCUGCUGCAGAUUUCUCUGGAAUUUCAAUAUUGGCUGCUGCUGCCUGUGAUAGCGAAAUAUUGAGUGACCUCAUAAAUACUGGAGGCUCAGUUUCAAAGGGACAUUCUUGUGAAGUACUUUUCAAAGACACACAAGGAGCUAAAUCACAUUCCUUGUAUGGAGAUAAGGAGCAACAACCUCAAUCUACUCAAGAUUUACAUGAAAAUUGUGAUGUAUUUAUGGAAAAAUGUUCUACAUCUAUACCUGCUGAUGAUGAGGAGUACCAGGGUUCAGCAAACGAGAAAAGCUUAAUAGACCCAUUGCAAAAUGCUUCUGAUAAGAUGAGGUCUUCUGGCUCUGAUUCUAGGCUUCACUGGGAUCUUAACACUGUAAUGGAUACAUGGAAUAGCAAAUAUGAUGAAGUUGUAAUCUCUGAGUCUGAGCCACAUCCCAUUAAUCCUGCAUGUGAAAGUCAUAAUCACAAUAAAAAGCUGGAAGAUUUUGAAGCUCUUCAGCAUCAAGUUGAAAACUGUGAGAGCAGAUGUUAUACUGAAUUUGGUGAAAGCGGGGAAAAUGUGGUUGGUCUUUCAAAGGAUAAUUGUGCAUUACUUAAGUCAGAGGCUUGGGAAAAACCUGAUGUGUGUAAUGACAGUUCAGUUGUUGAUCAUGAGAAAGCAAAACAGUGGUCUCUCCCUCAUUCUGAUGGUUUGGUUGAAGAACUGGAGGAUGCUACCUAUAUUUCUUUGGUCAACUCUACUGGAGAGACAAAAGUUGUGCCCAAUCAAGGGAGCGACAUCUGUAGUACCAAAGUUGUUUCUUCUGUAGUUGGAGAUGUUCUUGGUUCCUUGAGGGAUACUACCAUGGUAAUUGAAUCUGUUAGAGCAAAGGCUGAUGCAGACUCCGGCUUGGAGUUGGAAACUGCAACAUCAUUUUCUCAUUUGCCUCUUAGUUUGGAUACCAGCUCCGACUUUAAUACUCAUCCAUAUAAUUCACAUUUGAAAUUUGGCCAGUCAAUCAGUAAAUCAAUCUUUGAUGAAAAGCCAAAUGCAGUUGCAUCUAAUACUGACCAUUGCCUGCCUAAUGCUGAAGUAGAACAUCCUAUCCACAUAAACACUUCUCAAUUUGAGAAGCAAGGACUUCUGAAUACUGAUUCAGAGAGCAGUUUUCAAUGUCCACCCCAUGCUGAAAAAACUUCUGAUCCUUUGUUUCAUAAAAGUACAUCUGAUGAAAUUGAACACUCUGAUGACAUUGAUGUCACAAACGAUCUCCAUACUGAUGGAUCCCCCAGAACAGUGGACAGGAGUUCUUGCCUAUUAAAUGGUCAUCAGCUGGGCAGCUUAGAGUCAUGUAAUCCUGAUGCAUUGCCUUCUGGAAUCACACGUGUUGGUAAAUGUGAACAGGCUACAGCACAGCUAAAUGUUGACGAUGAUAAAUGUGUUGAUCCUGUCGUUCCUGUUUCAGUUUUGGCAGGUAUGACAGAGGAUGUCAAUUUGGUAGAUGAUGCUGUGGGUACUCAGGAGCCUGGCAAAAGUUACAUGGAUUAUUGUGUAAAUUAUUCUGGUGAAGCUUCUCUCAAUGAUUGUGCGCAUAAUUAUGGCUCAGGUGCAUCUCUUGCUGAUAUGGGGGAGGCCAAUGGAGUGGAAAAGGUUGACCUUCUGGGAGAUGAUGACUCUCAAUUUGAGGAUGGUGAAUUUAGAGAAUCUGUUCUGCAAAGUUGGGGAGAAGAUGGAGCUGAGGAAGGAGAAUCUGAACAUCUGGAUUAUGGAUCUGACAACAAAGAGAAUGUUGCCGUUGAAGCAGUUUCUGGUUUUCCCUAUUCUGUUUCUUUCUCUGGUGAAAGCAUGACGUGCAAAAACAGGGAUGCACCAGUUGUUGCUCAUGAUGGAGCAACUCCUGUAAUGAAUAGUGUUUUUGCUGUUUCUGAACCUCCAUUGAAGUGCUCAUCCAAAUCAACUUCUUUGGAUGCUGGAGAUGGGAAAAGAAGUUUUGUAGAUGUUGAUAGAAAAGACUGCACAGAUCAUUUCGCGGUAAACAACUGGAGGAGAAAGCAGAGAAGUGGUAGCUAUUCAUCAGUACCUGGUUCUCAUGGUGAGAACACGAUUGGACAUAGUGGAUUUCAGGAAAAGGGUGAUAAUGAUAGGGAACCUUCAUCUAGUGUGAGAAUCAAAGCUUCUGGAUGGGAUAAGUUGCCUGUAGACCAUGUGCAUACUGGAGAUAGCAUGAUGGAUGCUGGGAUUGGUUCUGUUAAACAAGGAGGUAAAGCCGGUGCUUUAGAUAUAUUUGAUGCUGACAAAUUAUUGGAAAGAUCUGGUUUGUUGUUCAGAAGAGGCUUGUCAUCUCAAGUUGAGAGGUUGAUGUCCUCGGAUGAGUCAUGUAGGAGAGAUAGGUCUUGUAUCAAGGGAUGCAGAUCUGACAGUAAUGGUGGUCUAAAUACAAAAGUUGAAAAGAACAGUGCUGCUCCUAAAUCAGCUGACAUGGGUGAAUCAUCUCAGCAUACUAAAGGGAGAUGCAGAGACGAACAUUGGUUUGACUCUCCCAGUUAUCGUGGUCCCAAGCAUCAUGAUUCACCUGAGUACUGUGAUGCACCUAAUUAUGCUCGACCAAGCUUAAGGAACGCGGCUGCAGCUGCCGUUGCAAAGGUGGAGAGUAAUGGCUUUGUUGUUGCACCUGAUGGCACCGUAGUUAAGGCAGGUGGUGUUGGAAAUGCUGGCCCUAUGCUCAGACGAGCUGCAAAUGCUUCGGUGCAAAAUAGAUGGCGUUCACAAGCUGAGACAGAGCUUGCAUAUGGUAUGCAGAGAAGACUUGGAAAUGUAAGGAACAUGAGCCCUGACAGGCACUUCAGUAAUUCUCGGGGUCGGGCUGGUAAAUAUGGUCAUGAAAUGGCUAGGGAUCGGUAUCACAGGUCUGUGCCUGAUGGCAGCAUGGACUCAUCGCUAACAAUGCACCAUCUAUCUAGUAGAGAUAGAAGCUUCUCUCCACACAGAGGACCUCUUCGUCUAUCACGUUCUCGCUCCAGAUCUCCUUCGAGAUCGAGAUCGAGAUCUCCUCAUAUGUGGACCUCUCCUAGAAGAAGGGAAAUUGGGAUGAGUGAUACCCAUGGGUUUCGCAAGCGCAGUAGGACUCCCAAAAUCAGAAUGGAGAGAAUGAGGUCACCCCAUUCACGACCUAGUUCUGAGGACUUUAUGGUAAGGUAUGGCCCCACAUCGAAAACCCUUUCUUCCCCAUUGCAUUCUUCAAGAUGGAUUGAUGAAAGGAGGGAUUCACACAAUCAUCAUAGGAAACAUGAGUACAAGCGAUCUUCUAGAAGAAGCCCAUCUAUUAAAGUGUUCAGAAAUCCUAGGCUUGACUCGAUGGAUUCACAAGGAAGAUCAAAGCCUGACAACUUCUGCCGUCCUCUGCACUCUAGCAAGAUUCCAGAGGUUGCUGUUAUGAAUAAAAGAUAUAGAUGUACCGGAAGUGAUGAUAGAAGGGGAUAUGAUGAUAGGUAUGAAUCACUCCAACCUAUGAGACGAUACAACCCUGAUAGCAAUGAGAAGCGCUUCAGAUAAGAUGUUGAGGGUGCCAGGCUCAUAAGCACUCGUAAAUCCCCAGUGUUUCAGCAAAGUGGGAGCCCUAGGGUUUUUGGUGGGGCCAAUUUGAGUAAGUUACCUCAAGAACUAAAUGAAAGAAGGGUUAUUUUAAUUAUAACAAGAGUGCAAAUCCCCUAAAUCUGCUUCAAGUCAUUUGCAUCAAAGGUUGUGAUACUGGCUCUAGGACUGCGGUUCACAAUCUUGCUUCAGUCUGCUGGUCAUGUUGGAUUCAAGAGGAUGUGAUGAACCCAUGAAACUUUUGUCUUCUCAGAGGGAAAGAUAUCAAGUUUCACAAUUCUAGCUUGUAAAGAACAUCACGUUGUUAGUCAAAACUUGUGAUUUGUGGGCUUAAAUCACCUCCCUUUUGCUUUCACUCUAUUUAUUUCUUUCUCUAAUCUGGGCCCAUUUUGAGUGGGAUGUAUUCCCUGUCCGAGGGUCAAAGGAAUAUGAUGAAUUAACAAAGUUUGAGUCUGUGUUGGCAAUUGGGAAGCAUUUAAACCUCACCACAAAUAACUUUUGAGCUCCCUUCUUGUAUCUGGAAAUCAAGCAUGCACUUUUCAAGUGUUCUUGUAGUUCA